CAUGCAGAUAAGCCCCGAGUGUACCAGGGAGUCCGCGUAAAAACCACUGUCAAGGAGCUGCUUCAAAGACACAGAGCCCGGAAGGCGAACAGCAAACAAGUAAAAACGAUACCGCAGGCUUGCGUGGACGUCCAGGAUCUUUACGCACCAACUUUCCAAAAAAAUAUUCGAACACUUUAUAUGAUCGAUAGUUUACGUGGAUGUAGCGCUUUUUUUAUUUAUUUAUUUUAUUAUUAUUAUUUUUGCUUUAACCAUAUUUAUAUUUUUUCUCUUUGUAUCAUAACUUUAGGUAACUAUGGGGACGCUACAACAACAGACUGUUGUGCGCAACUAUUCCAGCUCCGCAACUCCCAGUUUCCAGCUGCUGCGAGCGCUUUCAGCAUCCAGCUGCAGGAGAGCGCUUUCUCCGCACCGCUGCAGCAGAUGCAGCAGCAGAGCCAGCAGCAGCAGCAGCAGCAGCAACCGUUUGAGAUAUUUCCAGAAAACUUCUACAACAACAUCAACACCGACAGCUCCUGCUCCAUCAACUCCAUGCAUCCUUCACCUGCCUUCCUGCCACCAUUGAGCCAGGGACUCGAUGUGGACUACUAUGACCAGGGGAUGGGUCCCUGCUCCUCACCUGAGUCGCUGAAGCUCUGCAGCCCUGUGGAUCAGAACAGCUACUCCCCGCAAGAAUCCUUCUCUUCCUCCUCUUCCUCCUGCUACGACUCUCCCACCAGGAUGGAGUCCAGCUUCAGCAACUUCACCUCUGAGCACUUCCACUACCAGAACUGUAACCCCCACCACUGUUAUUGCCUGUCCCACUACUGUCCCAGUCAGCAGGAGUACUACGCUGCCCCGGAAUAUUCAGCCUACUACGCCCCAUCAGAAUACUCGUACAGCUGCACUGUAGAGGAGAACUACCUGAAGAACAAUUUUGCUAUGAACACUGAGAUGUGUUAUAAUGUGCUAUGAAUGCUUUUGUACUCUUUUGUGUUUGUGGUCAUCACUAUGUCCAAGUCUUUUGUGUGUCAGAGUGAGUCAUGGCAGAAGAUUGAAUGUUGAAGAGACGGAGAUUCUGAUAUUUUUAUAAUUUCUUUUUUA